UUCUAUGGAAACUGUUUGCUAUGAUCUUUUUUUAAAUAGACUUGUGUAUCACAGCUAUGGGUCACACACUUGGUAUAAGGCCAUGAAUAAGACACACAUAGUUAACUGAAUACAAUAAAGUCAGGUAGAGUAUUAGGAUCUUCAGUUUAUGUCCUUCAAAGGUCAACAUGGGAGAUUCCAUGAAAGCUCAGAAAAAGAUACUUAAUUUAGCCUCAGCAUGGGAUGGGGAAUGAAGUAGAGAAGACUCCUCAAAGAGAUAAGCCAUGAGCCAAUACUUGAAUAAUAAACAGAAAUUAGGAAGGUGAAGAACACUAAGAAAGAUGGAAAGAGGAACAGGGUAAAUUGUCAGAUUUCAGUUUUCUGAUCUUGUAGUCCACUGAGUUGAAAAUGCCACCAGGUGUCCCUAGCACUAUACAGUGGGGAGCAAGUCUUACAGGACUACAUCCAUUUCUUACAUUGUUUUAUGUGUUAACAGGAAAGCAGUUUCAUCUGUGAUGCUGGGGAUACCGUAUAACCACACAACAGAAAACCCUGACACCUUCUUCCUUGUGGGCAUCCCAGGUUUGCAGUCUUCACAUCUUUGGCUGGCUAUUUCAUUGAGUGCCAUGUAUAUCAUCUCUCUGUUAGGAAACGUACUCAUAAUGACUGUAAUCUGGAUGGAUUUCACUCUACAAGAGCCUAUGUAUUGCUUUCUGUAUAUUCUGGCUGCUGUGGACAUUGUUAUGGCCUCCUCUGUGGUACAGAAGAUGGUGAGCAUCUUCUUCUCAGGAGACGGUUCCAUCAGCUUUAGUGCUUGUUUCACUCAGAUGUAUAUUGUCCAUGCAGCCACAUCUGUGGAGACAGGGCUAUUGCUGGCCAUGGCUUUUGACCGCUAUAUAGCCAUCUGUAAGCCCCUACACUACAAGAGAAUUCUCACACCUCAAUUGAUGCUGGUAAUGAGUGUGGCCAUCACUGUCAGAGCUGUCAUAUUUAUGACUCCAUUGAGUUGGAUGUUAAGUCAUCUGCCUUUCUGUGGCUCCAAUGUGGUUCUCCAUUCCUACUGUGAGCACAUAGCUGUAGCCAAGUUGUCAUGUGCUGACCCUAUGCCCAGUAGUCUCUACAGUGUGAUUGGUUCAUCCAUUAUUGUGGGUUCCGAUGUGGCCUUCAUUGCUGCCUCCUAUCACCUGAUUCUCCAGGCAGUAUGUGGUCUCUCCUCAAAGAAUGCUCAGCUGAAAGCAUUAAGCACAUGUGGCUCUCAUGUGGGGGUUAUGGCUCUGUACUACCUACCUGGGAUGGCAUCCAUCUACGUGGCCUGGCUAGGGAAGGAUACAGUGCCCCUCCACACUCAAGUGCUGUUAGCUGAUUUGUACCUGGUCAUCCCACCCACCUUAAACCCCAUCAUUUAUGGCCUGAGGACCAGACAAAUACGGAAGCGAACAUGGAGCUUGCUGAUGCACUGCCUCUUUGACCACUCCAAACUGGGUUCAUAAACACAUUCUGUUCAAAUCUCGAGCAAUCAAGAUGACUCAAGAUCAAGCAUUCAAAGACGUCUUAGAAAUCUGUAGAGCUGGUUUGGUGUGCCUAGCACUAUAAAGAGUUCUAAGAUGAAGCUAUAAAGUGUAUUCUUGUCCAAUUUUCCGACUUCUAGAAGAAUGUGUAUGAAAUGAUUAAUUUUCUGACAUUUUUAAUGAUUUCAAUCAACUAGUAUCUGUGUGUAAGUCUGGGCAGAGAAUAUAGAUUUGGGGUUUUUCUUUCCUUAGCUUCUGACCCUUAUUUUCAAAUGAGUAUCAGUUGAACCAACUGUUUGGCCCCUUACACCUGACUGAUUUUUAUCAGGAUUAUUAAUUUACUCAUGUGAUUACUAUGGAUGCAACUGUUAAUAUGUAACCCUGCCUCCUGGCCCAGUGAUGAAUCCACUCAAUCUGGGUCUACUGGGGUCAUGUGCUUACAUGUGGACCACAGUCCUCUAGUCAAACUGAGUCCCAGUUUAUCUGAGGAGAUAUAAACUUGGGAUCACUGGCUAUGGUCAUUUUCUAACCCGUGAACUUGCAAAGAGAAACAUGUUCCACAGCAAGAUAAGCAGAUUAGCAAGAUGAGAUGAAGAAAUGGGAGUCUCUUGUUCUCUGAUUCCAAUUCAUUUUGGGCACCUAGGUGCAUCCCUGUUAUUAAAUUCUGUAAGAUACUUCUAUAUCCUUUCAAUUUAUCCCUAUUGUUAAGCUAGUUGGAGUCAGCAUACUAAUCACCAGCUUUUUGCUUUGAAGUAACAGAAGCUAAGGCAAUGUGAGUUUGAUUGUGGACAUCUUUCUCUUUGCUUCCCAGUCUGGUUCUGUAUAACUUAACUGCAAGGCAUAAAAGAAAGGGAUCAAAUAUAAUAUAGGUCUUUUUUCAACUGGACACCACCAUGGAAAUAUGUUCUGGGAUGAGACGGUUAAUAGAAUACAGUAUCAGUAACGAAGCUGAAAGGUCCCUAUUCUUUUCCACAUUCCAGACAUGUAUUUGGUCUUUGUUUUUAUUUUUCCCUUUUGGAAAGUCUUAAAGUGAAUAACCAGUGUAUAUUGAAAGAAAAAGAUUUCAAAUGUAAAAGAUACAUAUAUUUGACUCUGGUACAUUUGAAAAUCUUAAUAAAACAUAAUUUCCUAGUAGUGUUGAUAACAAGUUAUUAUAUCUGAGUCUUACUAUUUCCUUGCUAUUGAUGGAGGAUACAAUGUUAAUUCAAAGAAGACAUUAAAGAUUAAAGAAAUAGUUAUUAGAAACCACAUAACACAAUAUCUGACAUAUUGUCUGUACUUAAAAUACACCAAAUAGAUUUCUAAUUCCAUACUUUUAAGGAGCAGUUCAAGGCACUAUUGAAAGUGUAUUCCCGUGUAGGUCAACAGUCAUGUGAUAGCUGUUCCAAACAAUCUGCUUAACAACUUGGCAUCCAUCCCUUUUGCCAGUACUAAAUUACUUGCCUACCUAGAAUGUAUUCUAUUUCUGAAUACCAGUGAAGUAGGAAUCAGCUUCUAAAAACCUGGUAGUGAUGCACUGAGUUCCCAAAGAGUAUGAAAAUGAAACUCCUCCUCAAUGUAAAAACAAAUCAACAUCAUGAGGUGGUUAAAUGCAUUUGAUAAGAUUUCUAUUUUGAAAAGUCACACUGUUGUUUCCCUAUAAGCACCCAAAGAACUGUUGUUUCCCUAUAAGCAACCCAAACAACUAUGUUCGUCAAAUACAAGAAUAUUAGAUAUGGUAAAGAAUGUGAUGUAGAGCAACAAAGGCAUAGUUCAGCCUGCACUCAAAACAGUAAUUUCUCCCCAGCAUUUCCCUCAGAAGUCUGCCCUGCUUUGUGUUUCAUUCACACUGGUAUUCCCUGAAACUAGCUGGGACCCACUGUUAGUGCUCAGAUAUUGAACUACAUACUUCCAAAGUGGACUAGUUUCCUGCCAUGGCUACCCCCAAACAGAAAAUCCCAUGCUUCUCCUAAUAGAUGAGAUAUGACCCCUGUCCUCUCACACUAAUCAAUAUAUGCCAUUUAACUAGUGCCUAGGACCCACAAAGAGUCUCAGUGUUUGGAUCUUGAGAGAUUAAAAUACAUCCUGCUUGAAAAAUGGGAGACUGGAUUUCCUGUAGGGAGUCCAAGAAUUCUCCCUGUCUCUCUGCAGGACUAUUUCCCCCUUUCAGUCUUUUGCCUCAAGGCUCAGGCAUUGCACCCCUUGUUUCUCUGCUAGUAGAAUAAGGAUGGGCAAAGCUUAUCCCUGCCUUGUAGUGAAUGAUCUCACCUAGAUGGAGGAGAUAUCCUAGACAUUCAAGGGAGUGGCACAGACACUCUUUUCUGCAUGACCCCCUGCUUCCUCCUUUUCUGGGCCACUUUUGUGAUUAUCUAUUGAAUCAUGUUUUUUUUCAACAGAAUUAUAAUUAAAUACCAUAUAGUUGUUCACACCCCUAUCACACAAAAGCUUUUGUUUUGAUUCUAGGCAUAUGAAUGAAAGUUCCCUCAUUUAAAUAUUUACACACACAC